CGCUCGGCACUGGGAAGCGGGGGCGGCGGGAGGGGUAGCAGGCGAAGGACCCCUCGCGGUUCCGCAGCUGCUGCAGUCCGCGCAGCGUCGGCACUGGGACCCGGGUCCGCGCAGCCCGCAAGGAGCCGCGGCCGCCGUGUCCUCUGGGUGUUGGGCACCCGGAGCUGCCGGGACCCGUUUCAGCACCGGGGACAGCGCCGGGCGCGGGGCGAGUCGAGGAGGGGGCCGCCACUCCAGGACAGCCCCCGCCCCCGGGGGGGCCCUCCGGCCCUCAGGCGUCCGAGGACUCGGGCUCUCGGGGAAGACGUGGCGACCCCAGCCAGCCGGGCCGGGCGCGCGCAAGACGGCCGGGGCUCCCCGCGGGGGAUGCGCCCGAGGCCCCACGUUUGCUUUGCGCAGAGCCGGGGCGCUGCCCGGAGCCCAUGAGCACCAUGCACCUGCUGACACUAGCCCUGCUUUUCUCCUGCUCCUUCGCCCGCGCCGCCUGCGACCCCAAGAUCGUCAACAUUGGAGCUGUGCUGAGCACGCGGAAGCAUGAGCAGAUGUUCCGCGAGGCCGUGAACCAGGCCAACAAGCGACACGGCUCCUGGAAGCUCCAGCUCAAUGCCACGUCCGUCACCCACAAGCCCAACGCCAUCCAGAUGGCUCUGUCAGUGUGCGAGGACCUCAUCUCCAGCCAGGUUUAUGCCAUCCUGGUAAGCCACCCACCAACCCCCAAUGACCACUUCACUCCCACCCCAGUCUCCUACACUGCUGGCUUCUACCGGAUUCCUGUGUUGGGACUGACCACCCGCAUGUCCAUCUACUCUGACAAGAGCAUCCACCUGAGCUUCCUGCGCACGGUGCCGCCCUACUCCCACCAGUCCAGCGUCUGGUUUGAGAUGAUGCGCGUGUACAACUGGAACCACAUCAUCCUGCUGGUGAGCGAUGACCACGAGGGCCGCGCGGCGCAGAAGCGCCUGGAGACGCUGCUGGAGGAGCGUGAGUCCAAGAGUAAAAAAAGGAACUAUGAAAACCUCGACCAACUGUCCUAUGACAACAAGCGCGGACCCAAGGCUGAGAAGGUGCUGCAGUUUGACCCUGGAACCAAGAAUGUGACAGCCUUGCUGAUGGAGGCACGAGAGCUGGAAGCCCGAGUCAUCAUCCUCUCAGCCAGCGAGGAUGACGCCGCCACUGUGUACCGCGCGGCCGCGAUGCUGAACAUGACUGGCUCAGGGUACGUGUGGCUGGUGGGGGAGCGUGAGAUCUCGGGGAACGCCCUGCGCUAUGCACCAGACGGUAUCAUCGGGCUACAGCUCAUCAACGGCAAGAAUGAGUCUGCUCACAUCAGCGACGCCGUGGGCGUAGUGGCCCAGGCAGUGCACGAACUGCUGGAGAAGGAGAACAUCACUGACCCUCCGCGUGGCUGCGUGGGCAAUACCAACAUCUGGAAGACCGGGCCACUCUUCAAGAGGGUGCUGAUGUCUUCCAAGUAUGCAGAUGGGGUCACUGGUCGUGUGGAGUUCAAUGAGGAUGGGGACCGGAAAUUUGCCAAUUACAGCAUCAUGAACCUGCAGAACCGCAAGCUGGUGCAAGUAGGCAUCUACAACGGCACCCAUGUCAUUCCCAACGACAGGAAGAUUAUCUGGCCAGGCGGGGAGACGGAGAAGCCUCGAGGGUACCAGAUGUCCACCAGGUUGAAGAUUGUGACGAUCCAUCAGGAGCCCUUCGUGUACGUGAAACCCACACUGAGCGACGGCACGUGCAAGGAGGAGUCCACGGUCAAUGGCGACCCGGUCAAGAAGGUGAUCUGCACUGGGCCCAAUGACACAUCACCCGGCAGCUCCCGACACACUGUACCCCAGUGCUGCUAUGGCUUCUGCAUCGACUUGCUUAUCAAGCUGGCGCGUACCAUGAACUUCACCUACGAGGUGCACCUGGUGGCGGAUGGAAAGUUCGGCACUCAGGAGAGGGUGAACAACAGCAAUAAGAAGGAGUGGAACGGGAUGAUGGGGGAGCUGCUCAGCGGGCAAGCGGACAUGAUCGUAGCGCCACUGACUAUCAACAAUGAGCGCGCACAGUAUAUUGAGUUCUCCAAGCCUUUUAAGUACCAGGGUCUGACUAUUCUGGUCAAGAAGGAGAUCCCCCGGAGCACGCUGGAUUCGUUCAUGCAGCCUUUCCAGAGCACGCUGUGGCUGCUGGUGGGGCUGUCCGUGCACGUGGUGGCCGUGAUGCUGUACUUGCUGGACCGCUUCAGCCCCUUCGGCCGCUUCAAGGUGAACAGCGAAGAGGAAGAGGAGGACGCGCUGACCCUGUCUUCAGCCAUGUGGUUCUCUUGGGGGGUCCUUCUGAACUCCGGCAUCGGAGAAGGUGCCCCCAGAAGUUUCUCUGCACGUAUCUUGGGCAUGGUGUGGGCCGGCUUUGCCAUGAUCAUCGUGGCUUCUUACACCGCCAAUCUGGCGGCCUUCCUGGUGUUAGACCGGCCAGAGGAGCGUAUCACUGGCAUCAACGACCCCAGGCUAAGGAAUCCCUCAGACAAGUUCAUCUAUGCGACAGUGAAGCAGAGCUCUGUGGACAUCUACUUCCGGAGGCAGGUGGAGCUGAGCACCAUGUACCGGCAUAUGGAGAAGCACAACUACGAGAGCGCAGCCGAGGCCAUCCAAGCUGUGCGGGACAACAAGCUUCAUGCCUUCAUCUGGGACUCAGCGGUGCUGGAGUUUGAGGCCUCACAGAAGUGUGACCUGGUGACUACAGGCGAACUGUUCUUCCGCUCGGGCUUUGGUAUCGGCAUGCGCAAGGACAGUCCCUGGAAACAGAAUGUCUCCUUGUCCAUCCUUAAGUCUCAUGAGAAUGGCUUCAUGGAAGACCUGGACAAGACUUGGGUUCGGUAUCAAGAGUGUGACUCCCGAAGCAAUGCCCCCGCCACCCUCACCUUUGAGAACAUGGCAGGGGUCUUCAUGCUGGUGGCUGGAGGCAUCGUGGCAGGGAUAUUCCUGAUCUUCAUCGAAAUUGCCUACAAGCGGCACAAGGAUGCCCGACGGAAGCAAAUGCAGCUGGCCUUUGCUGCAGUGAACGUGUGGAGGAAGAACCUGCAGGAUAGAAAGAGUGGUAGAGCAGAGCCCGACCCUAAAAAGAAAGCCACAUUUAGGGCUAUCACCUCCACCCUGGCUUCCAGCUUCAAGAGACGUAGGUCCUCCAAAGACACGAGCACCGGGGGUGGACGCGGCGCUUUGCAAAACCAAAAAGACACGGUGCUGCCGCGACGCGCUAUUGAGAGGGAGGAGGGCCAGCUGCAGAUGUGUGCCCGUCAUAGGGAGAGCUGAGACGCCCUGCCCGCCCUCCUCUGCCCCCCUCCCCCGCAGACAGACAGACAGACGGACGGGACAGCGGCCUGGCCCACGCAGAGUCCCGGAGCACCAUGGGGUCAGGGGGAGGAGCGCCCCCCAGCCUCCCCCAGGCUGCGCCCGCACACCCGCCGGCCGGCUGGCUGGCCGGUCCACCAGUCCUGGCCCUGCGCGUGCCCCCGAGCAUCGGGGUUAACGGGCUGCCUUGUCUGUGUAUUUCUAUUUUGCAGCAGUAUCAUCCCACUGAUAUCACGGGCCCGCUCAACCUCUCAGAUCCCUCGGUCAGCACCGUGGUAUGAGGCCCCCGGAGGCGCCCACCUGCCCAGUUAGCCCGGCCAAGGACACUGAUGGGUCCUGCUGCUCGGGAAGGCCUGAGGGAAGCCCACCCGCCCCAGAGACUGCCCACCCUGGGCCUCCCAUCCAUCCGUCCGCUGGCUGCCUGGCGGGCAGCCCCUGCUGGACUGAGGCGCUGACCAGAGCGGCUGCAGAUGGACCAGAGCUGAGCUGGCUGGGCAGGGCUGCAGGCGCUCCGGCAGAGGCAGGGCCCUGGGGGCUCUGAGCAGUGGGGAGUAGGGGCAUAUCAGGCCCCAAGCUGAGGGGCUCAGCGAAAACUGAAGCCCCGACCACCCCCAGCAGUGACCAGCACCACAGUGAGGGCCCACGGCCCCAGCUGGCUGGGUCUCCCCUCUUCCAGCUACUCCGCAGCCUCAGCUACCCCCCUAUGUUGGCUCCCCCACGCCCUUCUCCCACCUGACCCCACCACGAGCUGGCCCUGCCUGUCCUUCAAGCAGACUCUGGGCCCUAGCUGGCAGUUGCCUCCUGGGGCGUCCUGCCUCCGACCGACCUUGACUCAGUGGGCAGAGCGUGCGGCCCGGGGCAGGGCUCCCCUAAAUGCUGGCUCGGGACGUCAGCACUUUCCGCCCGCUCCACUUUCCGGGUGCGACCUGCCCGCCGCCAUGUACAGGCCCAGUUUCCCGUGUCUGAGCGCGUGCCUUCCCCGAGUGGCCGGUGUGUCCCGUGCUGCCCCUCCGCCCGCGGCCGGGGCGCGCCGCUCCCCGACCGGUGUGUGCAGUGGUGAUGCUUAAAGGAAUGUCGUGAA